AUGAGCCGCUCGCCUCCUCCUUCGGACAGGAAGAGGUCGUUCACGCCGGAGUCAGCCCCUUCCUUGACCACCCCGACGUCACAAGCAGCGAAAGAGGAGAAGAGGAUAGAAAAACCUGCCUUCUCCUCCCCUCCUCCUAAGGUCGAGGUCAGAAGCAGCGCACAGCCCUCGUCCUCCAAGUUGGAUGUCAGGAGGGGCAGUGGCGAGCUCGCCCCGAAGCAGCCCCGCGCUGUCUCCUUGCAGAUCGCGCAGAGGGCUCAGAGCUUCGGCCAGCUGCUCGUUCCUGCCUCCUCGCAAGCAGCUGAGGCAGAGCCGGUGAAGGCUCUGCAGGAGAAGGUCCAAGACCUUAACCUCUCCCAACUGCCUCAAGCUGAAAAAACUGAAGCAAACACACAACAGCUGGCAGAGGAAAGUUCUUCUCCCCAGCCGGCAGCCCCACGUCCCAAGCAGCAGAGCUCCUCCCUCCUCAGGGCCAUCAGCAAGUUCGCCCCGAAGGAGGCAGAGGAGGAGGAGGAGGCAGAGGAGGAGGAGAACGACGGCGAUCUGCCGCUGCCAGAGGGGAGGAGAAAGUUGAAUCUCGAUGGGUUCGAGGGAGUUCCCAAGAGCGAGCAGAGAAGACACUCCGAGCCGGACGAUCUCGUCAAGCUCUCACCUGAGGCGAUGAAGAUACAGUUUGAGCAGGAACAGAGAAAACUUCUUGAUGACUUGAAAAGGAGGGGAUAUUCCGGGUUUUCCCCGGAUCAGCUUUAA